CCACCACUGCCAUUUUCAGCCAACGCUAGGAAAUCUUAGUGGCCAGGACUCGCAACGGCUGACUGAUACUGUCUCCGGCAAGUUUGUCUUCCCCAUCGGCUAUUUAUUUCUGUCCUUGCCAGUUCAAUCAUCUCCAUCGGACUCGGGUUUCGGCGAAUUCCCUUUUCGAUCGAUUGCUUCCUGUACAUUCGCGAGAAAGCCUCAAUUUUGUCUGGUAAAUUAUUGCACAGAACUGUCAUUGUCUUGUGAGGGAAGAUGACCAGGGAAGAAACUGAGGAUAUGGUGACAGAUGAACUUCGGACCACCGACCCAAAUCCUAAAAUUGAAUAUCCCGACGAAUUCAAUGUUCAUUACCUCCGAAUCUACUACGGAAAUCUAUUUCCUUAUAAUGAUAUCUUCAGAUGGCUUUCCUAUGGAAACGAUGGGAAGCAUCCUGGAUGCGAUGAGUUCUAUUUUGGUCGACGAGAGUUUUCAUUUACCCUAGAAAAUGACGUUUAUGUGAGGUACAUGUCCUUCAAGAAUGCUUCGGCCAUGGAAGAAUCGAUAAAAGGGAAAUGUCCCUUCAAGAUUGAUAUCGGUGCUGUGUAUAAUGUCGAUCCAUAUAAGAGACGUGCCUACGCCGAAAGCGGUGACAAUGUGUUUACUCCAGUGGAGAGAGAGCUGGUCUUCGAUAUUGUUCAAUUUUGGUGGAUUUUCUUGAAUUUUUUUCCUCAGGAUAUAACGGAUUACGAUGAUGUCAGAUAUUGUUGCUCGGGAGCUGAUGUUUGCCACAGCUGCUGGCCUCUAAUGACAGUUGCUAUUAAAGUUAUUGACACGGCCCUAAGAGAGGACUUUGGUUUUAAACACAUUCUUUGGGUCUUCAGUGGUCGACGUGGAGUCCAUUGCUGGGUUUGUGACGCCAAAGCUCGAAGGUUAACUAAUGAACAAAGAGCAGCUAUUGCUGAAUAUUUCCAUGUUUAUAAGGGGAAUGAAAACAAAGCCAGAAAAGUCGCUCUGAUGGGUCAUGCCCUGCAUCCAUUUCUUGCGAGAUCAUAUGUGGAUUUUCUCAAGAAUUUCUUUGAGGAUAAGUUGCUUGCAACACAAAAGAUAUUCUCUAGCAAGGAGAAAUACGAGAAGGUACUUGAGAUGAUUCCAGAUGAAGAUAUUAAAUCAGAACUUAGAGAAAAGUGGGAGAAUGCUGCGAGACCAUCUCUAUCCGAAGAAGCCAUCAGCAUCACUAGGUGGGAGCAGCUGAAAAAUGUGCUCCUAUCAAAGAAACAAAAGGCUCAGUCACUGCGGAUGUGCAUAGAAGAGAUUGUAUUCACUUUUGCUUACCCUCGGAUUGACUUGGAGGUCUCUAAACAAAUGAACCAUUUGCUGAAGGCACCCUUCUGUGUUCAUCCAAAAACAGGUCUUGUCUGUGUUCCAAUAGACCCGAAUAAUUGUGAUGAAUUUGAUCCGUUAGCAGUUCCUACACUUUCCCUGCUAUUACAAGAACUCAACUCAGGAGGCUCCAGAAUGGACGUGGAUUUGGAUGAUGAUUCAGAUAGAAGUUCACUUGGGAAAUCAGUCGACUUCUUCAGAUCCUCAUUCUUGGAGCCCUUGUUAAAGUCUUGCAAGGAAGACAUAGAGAGUUCAUACAAAACCAAACUUCAGAAGUCUAAAGAUUCAAUGAGCUGGUGACCUCCCCUUUUCUCUUUUGUAAUGUGUCAUCUUCACUUGGCUUUUAUAUCCUGUGUAUCUCUUUUUUUUUUUAAUACAAAUCGUAUGCUUCGCUUCUGUGUCGUCUUUCAGUUCAAGUUGGUUUUUAAUUUUUC